UGAUUUGGUUCACCAUCGUUAACGCCUCCCAGCCAACAUCACCCAGUAACAACGUGACCUGUUCAUCGGUUCGUUCAGCUUAUCGUGCCAGAGGAUUGCCCGACCGAGACGUGCCACAAUCCACACUUCCCAUUGCAGCAGACGUUCAGUGAGCGGACACAACGAGUGGUUGAAGAACGACUUGGACAGAAUCAGGCUACUUAUCAAACACUGUGUUACGACAUCAAACAGUGUGUACAUCUGGAACAAAAAAAUGGAACGGAGCACCUUCAGAAGACACAGGGUGUUAUCUACGGAGGCUGACAACUCCAAUAGUACUGCUACGGAUACCAGCCAAUUAGGAUUAGAUCGCAAUUUCCAGGAGUCCAGUCCAAGCCAAGGAGAUGGAACACUGGUUGAAUCGGACGACGAAACGUUGCUACCCAUUCCACUUCAGGAGAAAAUUCCAAAUAUCGAACAUGAGGAUAAUGGUAAUCUUUACUACGCUUACACUGAAAGCAAAAAUGGAGAGCCCGUUUUUCUAUAUUUGUCCGGCAAUCCAGAAGGAGAAGAAAAUAUAAAAAAAAAAAAACUUCAUUAAGGAACAAAAGACAAAUUGUUAAAGGGUUCUACAACUACAACUGCGAUGUUCCAGUGGCCAUCGUAAAGACAUUGUUAGACCACAGCAAAGAUCAGAAGAAAGAAAUUGAACGGGAGUGUCGAAUAUUAAAGGAAUUAGGAGCCCACGAAAAUUUUAUCCGCUUUUUCGCUCACGAAAUGGACUCGUUCUAUAUGUACCUUGCAACAGAACUGUGCCUGUGUUCUGUGGCAGAUCUUUUGGAUCGAGAGCUCAACAACAAAUUCUGUUUGGAUCAAGAAAUUCUCUUGGAUUUGCCAGAGAAAGAAAUCCUGCGACAGGCAACGAGAGGACUCCAUUAUUUGCAUGAAAACAACUUUAUCCACCGAAACAUCAAGCCAAAUAACUUCCUUAUUAAGAAAUUGGAUUCGUCCGUUAACAGUGCAUGCCGAUAUGUGGUUAAAAUAACUGAUUUUCGUCUGACCAGAAGGCAUGACCCUGAGAACGAUAUUAAGCAAUCGGGAUCUGCUGCAUCAGAAGGAUGGGAAGCACCGGAAAGCGGGGAUAAGACAAAAGAUCUCAGCACAAAAUUGGAUGUCUUCAUUCUAGGUUGUUUCUAUCACUAUGUCCUAACCGCACGGACGGGCAACAACGAACCCAAACAUCCAUUUGGCAAUCACGGAGUGCGUCGGGACAACAUACGAGAUACUACGUAUUUCGUCUAUCAAAAAAACCAUGAGUUCGUUCUCAGCGAUCAGAACAAGAACGUAGUAAAGCUUAUCAAGUCGAUGUUGAAGUUCAACGAGGGUGAACGUCCAGAAUUAGAAGAAGUCCUUCGCAGUCCUUAUUACAACCCUUCCGAAGAUUAUAAGAUAGGUGAUAAGAAAUAUAAGAAACCUGGCCUUUGUGUUAUCUUUAACCAACAGGUUUUUCAAGAUAAAAAACAGAACCGCGGUGGGAGCGACAAAGACCGAGAUAAGUUAGAGGAUGCAUUUAAAGAAUUGGGUUUCGAAAUUAAAAUUAUUGAAAAUAGUGCAUCGUUUGAUUUGAAAUCCGAUAUCAACAGUCUGGCCAAAAAAAAUUGGAAGGAUUAUGGUUGCCUUGUUGUAUGUCUUUUGUCUCAUGGAACCGAGAACACAAUCAUGUGUUACGAUGGUCUUUACGUUAAUAUUAAUGAACUUAAGUACGAGUUCUCUUUAGCUAAGUGCCCCAGUCUGUACGGCAAACCCAAAAUAUUCAUCGUCCAGGCUUGUCAGGGGGAACUGAGCCAGAGCAAAACGGAUAUAGUUUAUCCUUCUCGCCAUUCGCCACACGUCGUUACGAAGCUGAUUUCCCACAUGUGGAAUACCGUUUUAUUUGCACUCGGUAAAGGGCAAUCACCUCCCAUAGCCCAAUCGCCAAGAAUGGAAGUUAAUACUAACCGUGAAAGCGAGACACCACAAAAACUUACGAAGUAUCCUCCACUGAUGGAUUUCAUAACAAUCAAAGCAACUCUGGCCGGCUUCGAAGCCAACCGAUUAUACAAGAACGGUAAAGUGAGAGAGUAUUUGGGUAGUUCUUUUAUUCAAGCUCUCUGUGAGGCUUUGUGGGAAGCAUAUUUGAAUGAAAAACCCUCGUAUGCUGAUCUCGAAAGCGUAGUUAAAUGUGCCCAGGAUAAAGUAAAUGAAAAGUUAGAAAACGUAGAACCAAAGCAGCGGCAAACGCUGGAAUCGAUUGUAAGCCUGAAAAAAUACAUUCGAUUUCGCAAAUGUAAAACGGAAGACAUUGCCCAUGAAACUAGCAAGAUUGAUAGAAAGGAUGAAUAUCAUUUCAUCCAAAUGCCAGCAUUUCUUAAAGAUGGAGGUUCAGUUUAAAUUUGGCAUGUAAUGCCCAGUAGUAAAACAACAGGAGAUCCAAAUCGUUGUGAACUAAUCUUGCCUGUUUAAAUUGUUCUGCCAUUAUAAAAUUGCCAUCUGUAAUAUCUCUUGCUUUGUGCUAUCUAGCUUUGUCUAAUGAAUAUUUGGGGAAGAAAACUGGGAACAAGACAUCCAAUGUAUUCGCCCAUACUGCCUUUGCUUGAUAACUGUGGAGCUUCUGACCGAAUAAAGUGCAAUAAUUUGGAAA